UCUCCUCCAUUUGAACUCGCUAAACAAGUUCCUCUUCACCACCUGUAAAGAAAAGACACUUAGACGACCGUCGUGGGUGGACAGUUUUGAUUUCCAUCGUUUCCAAUUUAGUCAGACAUCUCAAGGAAAUUGUCAGUAUCUUGGAUUCAACUCUUAUGCGCUGCGUUUCAAGGUGUAUGUGAUCCCCUGUUACCUCUGAGCUCUGGUCAACCUUCUCCGCCUCGCCUCCCCUACCCUCUCUGAGGCCAGACUGUGAUCCAUGGCGCUGCUUGUGCGUUUCUGGAAGCAGUUGUUGAGGGUGAAAGUGGUGGACUGUAACUCAGACGAAUCACGACUGUCCCGAUGCCUCAACACUUUUGACCUGGUGGCCCUGGGCGUGGGCAGCACGCUGGGGGCUGGCGUCUAUGUGCUAGCUGGUGCUGUUGCACGUGAGAAUUCAGGUCCUGCUAUUGUGCUGUCUUUCCUGAUAGCAGCAUCAGCCUCGGUGUUGGCUGGCUUGUGCUAUGCUGAAUUUGGAGCCCGUGUUCCCAAGACAGGCUCAGCUUAUCUGUACUCCUAUGUGACUGUAGGGGAACUCUGGGCCUUCAUCACUGGAUGGAACCUCAUCCUCUCCUAUAUCAUAGGUACCUCCAGUGUGGCCCGCGCAUGGAGUGCAACCUUCGACGAGUUGGUCGGGAAGCGCAUAGAACAAUUCUGUAAAGAGUACAUGCCUAUGAAUGCACCAGGUAUACUAGCAGCAUAUCCAGACAUGUUCGCUGUAGUCAUCAUAAUCACCCUUACAGGUCUGCUGGCAUUUGGGGUCAAAGAGUCGGCAAUGGUGAACAAGGUUUUCACAUGCAUCAACGUCCUAGUCUUGUUGUUCAUGGUUGUGUCCGGCCUGGUAAAAGGAACUUUGAAGAAUUGGCACAUAGACCCCGAAGAGAUCCUACAUGAGAACAAUAUCAGUACCUCCAGCCUCAAUUUUACAGACACUUUACCAUCCAAAGAAAGUUUAGGAGUGGGUGGCUUCAUGCCAUUCGGUUUCACAGGCGUCCUUUCGGGAGCUGCUACCUGCUUUUAUGCUUUUGUAGGAUUUGACUGCAUCGCCACCACAGGUGAAGAGGUGAAGAACCCCCAGAGAGCCAUCCCUAUUGGCAUCGUGUCCUCACUGCUCAUCUGCUUCGUAGCAUACUUCGGUGUUUCUGCUGCUCUCACCCUAAUGAUGCCAUACUACCUGCUGGACAGCAACAGCCCUCUGCCUGUAGCUUUUAAAUAUGUGGGCUGGGGAGGAGCCAAAUAUGCUGUGGCUGUAGGCUCUCUUUGCGCUCUGUCCACUAGCCUACUGGGUGCUAUGUUCCCUAUGCCCCGUGUGAUCUGGGCUAUGGCUGACGAUGGGCUGCUUUUCAAGUUCAUGGCCGAGAUCAGCCCCCGCACCAAAACCCCGCUAACUGCAACCCUCACCUCUGGCAUAGGGGCAGCUAUCAUGGCAUUUCUGUUCGACCUCAAGGACCUGGUGGACCUGAUGUCAAUAGGGACUCUGCUGGCCUACACAUUAGUGGCUGCUUGUGUCCUGGUGCUCAGGUACCAGCCCGCGCAGCCAAGUCUAGGAUACGAGAUGGCCAAUAACCAGGAUGAGGUGGAAAUGAGCGACGGAAUCAGUGCCCCAAGUAUGGACAUCCUGCCCGGUAUGGAGGAGAGGUUCAGCUUCAACACCCUGAUGUUCCCGGACAACCCUGAGCCGUCUGUACUGUCGGGCUUCACUGUCAACAUCUGUGCCUCUCUCCUGGGACUGUUGAUCCUAGCCUUCAGUAUACUGGCAGUGCAGGGGGGCAUGGCUAUGUGGAAUAUCGUAGCCCUUAGUGUCAUCUUCAUGGCAUGUCUUCUCCUCACCUUUAUCGUCUGGAGACAGCCUCAGAGCAAGACAAAACUCUCCUUCAAGGUUCCACUGCUACCCUUCAUUCCAGUGAUCAGCAUGUUCGUCAAUGUCUACCUGAUGAUGCAGUUGGAUAAAGGCACUUGGAUACGAUUUUCAAUCUGGAUGGCCAUAGGUUUCCUGAUCUACUUCUGCUACGGUAUUCAUAACAGCGCCGAGGCUAAUGCGGCCCACUCGGUUCCAGACACAGAGAUGAAUGGCUUCAAGCGCGACCACGAUUCAGAGGCCAUGUCGGCAGAAAAGGAGGCUUUCCUUCACAACAGCAUUGAGGUCAGGGAAGAUGAAGACGGAGAUUUGUAGGAAGUACCAGAACAUACUGUACAUUUCAUGCUCCCCUGACGCCAGUCUGUCUGUGAGUAUUUUUGACAGGACAAGUCCUAGUCCCCUCACUGACAGUACUCCCCUUUUUGGAAGUUCAAAGUAAUGAUAAAUAACUUUGACUUCAAAUUCACAAACCUGUGACUUUCCCCUUCAGCUGCUGGGUAGAACACACAUAACUGGUGGUCAUUUACAUGCAAAAACAGGACUUCUGAAGACGUAUGUUGUAUCAUUUCAGUAUUUUGUUUGUUGUCCCUUUUGCUUGGCCUCAGGUUUAAACUGCCAUUAUCAUUUGGCUAUCUCAGGGGGGAGGGGACAUGUUGGAGACUUUAAACAUGUCAACGUUUCCUACAGGUUCAGGGAUACUGGAAAACUAUAAUAUUUGCUUCUCAUCGUGUUCGGUCAUCUGGACAGUGUUUGGGUUACAGUGCUGGCAGUAGAACUAUGUGCACAUGUGCAAUCAGCUUUUGUCCCGAUGCCAGAGACAGUAAUCUAUUUUCUUUUCUUUCAUUAUGUUAAAAUAUAAAUACUAUAUAGCCACAUUUUCCUGAACAUUAAAUCACAGUCAGUAUUAAGUACAGAUUGGUACCAAUAGCUACAUUCUCUUAUUGCAAAUGUGUGGACACUCUGCCAACUCUUAUGUGACUGAAAUGCUGCUCAAACAGUAAGAGCAAUACACUGCUUGUCCACUAUAUAAUUACUCUUGUUCUUUAGCAGAGGCAGGUGAUCAGGCCACUGGUUGCACCUAUAAGUGGACCAGCAGGGAGCUGUAGCCUGCAGUAUCCACGUGUCCAAUUGCAUGUCUAAGUGUUAGACAGAAACUGUUGUUUCAUUCUAGGUAAAAAAUUCCAGACAUAUACGAUUCAGAAGAGGAGAUCUUGAGCAGUUUGUUACCAGAUGUCUGCAUCUUCUUCUCAAUAUAAAAGACAGAUGUUACUGAUAUAUAUAAAACAUCAGGUGAAGACACUGACGGUGGAAGUCAGUUAAUGUCAUGUAACAUUAGAUGAUAGUAGAGUUUCACAGUGCUGGCUGCUGUGUCUUUUUGCAUCUGUACCUUAUAACAUUUAGUUUCUUUUCAAAUAAUACAGGCCAACUUUUUUUUCUUUUGAAUGUUUAGUUUGAGUUUUUAUUUGUUCCCUGUUUAUUUUACGCCUUUCUUAUGUGCCUUUUUAUUACCCGCUUCUUAAAAUGUGGUCGUUUCUAGUGUGUUUUUAAAAUCUGAUUCAGACUCAUUUUUACAAUGAGGAGAGUACCUACAAAGAAUUUGAUCAGGUACACACUUUUUUUUCUAUUUUUAGUUUGUGUUUGUUAAAAUAUAUAAUACUUUAAAAUGGGUUUCUCUUUCAUAACAUUAAAAAUAAGUAUUAUUUGGUUGACAUUUAGAUGACCAGUGUUCCCAUUAGCUGUAACCCUUUUAGUGCAUUAACUGUGGUUUUGGGAGUCCGUUACAACAAAGUAGCUGUCUAUAAGUAGGGACAUGUAUAAUUAAGAUUGUGUAUAUAAGAUAUUGUUUAUAUUUCUUGCAGUAAAUUAUUUGUAAAUUGGAGAAAAGGCUUUUUUGUUAUUUUUAAUGCCUAAUGACUUUAGUGCAUAACCAGUAGCAUCUGCCUGUGGGUACUUUGGUUAUGGCAGAUAUUACGUUGCCCUGCAAAGUGUCCAGCAUUGUGCUCUUUAUAUUGUGUUUACAUGAUGAUGAGUGCAACUGAAACUUUGUAUCCUCAGGGUUGGCAAUGUCAAUGCCUUCACCUUCUUUUGUCUCGACUUUUACCAUGAAUGCCUGAUAAACACAAAAAAGUGCAGUUACAAAACUAGAAAUACGGGACAUUGGCAUGACGACAGCAGAGCCAAGUUCAUUGGGGUCAUUGUCAGCUUUUUUGUAGCUGUUCACAGGGAAAGUGUAAUAAUCUGACAUCUAUAUUAAUUUGAUUAAUCGUACAUGACUGACUUUUCCAGCAGUUUAUGUAAUUUGUGAAAUUUACAGUUCAAAAGACAGUUUAGCAAUAUCUAACUUUGUUGGUACUUGCAGAGAUAAACUUGCAGUUUCACAGACAACCAAAGUAUUUACUGUACAUUCAAUUUUCAGUUUGAUUAACAUGAAGGGAUUCAUGUGAAAAUAUACUGCUAUCUUUUGCUACAUGUCAUGCCAAAUCUCAGUGUUUACGUCUGCAAUAAAUAUAAUAUACUCAUGUAUAAAUACUCUAUUCUGUGAUAAUAUAACUUCUGAGAAAGAGCUUCUUUCUCCUGUUAUGCUGCUUUAAGAUCUUACUGACCUUAGCCUUCCCCUUUACAUAUCAUGUGUGUCACAUUUAUAAGGCUUUUGAUGUUUCAAAUCCAGAACCAGUCAGUGUUGACGACUGGCUAGUUUAUGUUGAUAUCAUUUUGCUGUGAUUAGAUAACAUCCUCUUGCUACUUUAUGUUUUUUAUUGAUGCUUUUUGGUUGCCUUUUCAAAGAUUAUUUGUUGGUGCGUGAAAUUAGGUGUAAAUUUUGUUGGGGGAAAAAACUGUCUGUUGUAGUCACAUCAGUGGGUCACUAUUUAUCAAUGGCUUCUCAUUUUGUUAUUCAGCACUGUGGUUCCUUCCCUCCAUCCUCCCGUGAUGUUGCCUUUUAAGAGGGGGAAUCUUGUUGAGAUGCUGCAUUUACACACAAGGCUGCAGCUUUUUAAAAACAAACUUCAUAACUGUCAACAUGGUGUGUUAACCAAAUGUUUAUUCUGGAGAUCGUGGACAUUGUGAAUAUACUUGAACAUCCAAAAACUCAUGGUCCACUUAAUAGAACUGAGUUUUACACCAGUCUUUUUCAGCAGACAGAGUUGGUUCUGUUGUCAAUGUAUCAAUACCAACACGGACCGGGAAGGGAUCAAAGUUACUGACCAGGCAUCAGUAGAUAGAUGAAAGAGGGCAUUCAGUUCCAUACUUAUUGUAAAUCAGGUGAUGUUAAACUCCAUCUGUUGAGGAAGACGUCAAGAUGUGGUGAAAGCUCUGGAUAAAGCUAGAAAGUGAACCUUGCAUUCUGGUUUUAGGUAUAUUUUCAGUUAUACACCUAUAAAUGUAACAGACCAUCAUACAGUUUCCAGGUCACAGAUGAAACACUAAAAAAUGAAUUGUGACACAUUUAUAAUAUAAGAAAACCAGUGUGUGCAUGUAUAUACUGUAGAAGUUAAGGAUGCCUGUCAUUUGUUUUGGCUUGUGUCUGUUGUCCUUUUUGUCAAAAUGCUUCAUGCAUCAUUUCUGUAAAUAAAAACUAGAUUUCCAAAAA